GCUGUUGUGUAUGGCGCCCUCUAGUGACUAACAGUUUUAAAAAGAAAACACUGCUGCACAUGCGCAGAAGGGAUAUGUUUCUUGAACCUUUGCUUCUAAAGACAUACAGUGGAUGUUUACGUUUGAGGACCACAAAGCUGAAGCCCAAAUCACGAUUCACUCACAAAUAUGAGAGAACAGAAAAGUCAUGAUCCUGAAGAUUCUCCCAUACUGCAGGAUGGUGUUGAUGAAACGGCAGAAGACCCACUGACUAUCACAACCAUCCAGCCAGCUGCCGCAUUUUCCACAGAUCAGCAAAUUAAGUAUCAUCUUUUCAAAACGGAGGGAACAGGGGGGCAGGUAACCUACCGGGUAAUCCACUUGGCUGAUGGGCAGGUAGAAGGACAGGCGGAUGGGGCUGCAGCAGUCAGUGUGGUGACUGGGUUUCCAACAGCAACACAGGCAGCAACACCACCUGUAACCCAGGCUGUAAUUUCUCAGUCUGAGAGUCUAGAGGGAGAGACGUCUGAAACUCAAUACUACUAUCCUGCCACCAUCUCUGACACAACUGCUGGUACCAUGGUAACCAAUCUCCACACAGCUGAUUCGGUACUAUCUCAGCCCACCCCUACAGGUCAACUCUAUGUAAUGAUGUCACCUCAGGAUGUUCUAGCUACAACACAGCAGAGUAAGUCAGGAACACAGCGCGUUUCCAGGGAUGACAAACGGAGGGCUCAACACAAUGAAGUGGAACGCAGACGAAGGGACAAGAUCAACAAUUGGAUUGUCCAGCUUUCCAAAACCAUCCCUGACUGCAAUGUGGACGCAACCAAGAACGGUCAAAGUAAAGGUGGGAUCUUGUCGAAGGCAUGCGACUAUAUCCAGGAGCUGCGUCAGAGCAACGCAAGACUGGAGGAGGAGCUUAAUACUGUGGAUAGACUGAGGAUGGACAAUCAGCUUCUCAAACAAGAGAUGGAAGAGUGGAAAUCAAAGAAUCAGAUGAUCAGAAACCAGUUGAGACAGCAUGGCAUAGUGGCGGCAUCAAUGGACUCUCAGUGAAGAACUGCACAUUCACUAUAUAAGACUCCUUCUGUGGUCUUGUCAUUAAUUUCGUAUAUACAGGUUUGAAGUUACAUGUAGAAAUCAUUCUCACUGUGGACAAACUCUUUCUCCUUCCCUCUUCAAUUGUUUGACUUCACACACAGCCAUUGAUUGUUUCAGAUUCUUUUCAGGGUGAUCUGGUAUUAUAACUGCACUGAAAUUGUGCGUAAUUGUCAGAUCUGUAUAAUUGUAGAUCUGUGUCUAAAGAAUGACUUAACAUUUCUUAGAACUACUGUGGAGGUGUUUCAGGUAUAUGUUGUUGUUGUUAUUUUUUGGAAUGUGUUUACAGUUAGGUGACCUUCAAAAAAUUAUGCCCAUUAUAUUCGGUCAGAAGUUGUUAAUAAAACCAUUUUUCUACGCACUGGACAAUCAACUGGAACCAGAACACCAGUUUUGGUCAUUUAUAUUGCAAUUUUAAAAAAUACACAUCACAAUAAAAUGACACGAUGUCUUUA